AUGAAUGAAUUUAGCUAUAAUUAUAUCAAUACAAAACAACCAUCAUAUGAGUUUAGUUAUAAUCUUCAGGGGAACUUCUCCCUUCCAUUCCGAUCACCCCUCCAACCUCUUAUCACCCACCACCCUCGCAAAUUAUCCUUCGCGGCGGUUUCAUCGUCCUCCGGGUAUGCUAUCUCCGACCAAGAACUGGAAUCGCGGGGUUUCAUCUUCUGCCGCACAAUCAACGACCUGAACCUCGACCACUUAAACUCUGUUUUCGUCGUCGUUGGUUUCCCAAAACGUGACACCAACAAGAUAAAAGUGGCGCUGGAGCAUACAGAUUCGUUGUUGUGGGUGGAGUAUGAGAAGAUGAAGAGACCGGUGAUGUUUGUUAGGGCCACCGACGACGACAUAUUCAAUGCUAUUAUUUGGGAUAUGGUGGUGGAUCCGAAUUUUUAG